GGAGAGGAGGGCCACCGCCGUCACCAGGCACAACCGUUGGCACUAUGCCGAGUCAAUCUGGUGAUGACCGCCGGCCACUGGUCAAGGACAUAGAAUGGGUUCUGGCUGGACUGGGCGGGCAUAUCGUGUCAUCCAAGGCAACAGGUCAUUUUGGCUCGAAGCACGCUGUGGCACCCGCUUCAUCUGGCAUAGGCAGUUGGAGCUAUACCAGACGUCAACUGGUAUGCACCGCCGGGCACUGGGUCAGGACAUUUGGAUCGUCUGGAACUGGACAGCGGGAUCGGGUUUCACCAGGCAUCAGGUCAUUUGGCUCAACAGCGGGCACCGUGUCAUCUGGCAAGGCAGUGGCUUCCGAAUCAACAGGCACGACAGUGGGCACCGGGUCAUCAGGCUGAAUGCCGGCGUCCGGCUGAGUAGAGGCUUCAGGCUGAGUAGAGGCUUCAGGCCGAGUAGAGGCUUCAGGCCGAGUAGAGGCAUCAGCCGAAUAGAGGAUUCAGGCCCAGUAAGGCUUCAGGCUGAGUAAGGCUUC